AUUUUUGAGCUCUCUUCCCACGUGUUCAGCUUUGAAAGGCCAUCGACUUUGGUCAUCAUCUCGAUAUUUUAUUUCAUAUAGCCGGGUUUGAACGUUUCUUGUAGCAGCAACCUUGGAAGCAUUCAACUUGUUAACAUUGUUGACCACGUCGACGCUUUGAUUACAGUUUAUUUAUUAGCAGCUUUAUCUUCUGCAGUCCAACGAAGCUCAACCGUUGUCUCCUCGAGCAUCAACUCUGGUCCUGUGCGUGCCUGAGGGGAAAACCAUGGCAUCUUUCUCGAUCGAGGAGUUCCUAGGCGAAGGGGCUCUGAAAGGCCUCAUCCCAAAGCUUGUGGCAGGUGGCUGGGAUGAUGUACCUACAAUAAAAAUGAUGAAUUCUGAAGACAUGGAUUGGAUUAAAUUGACGCAGCAGCAGAAGGAUGCGUUGGAGCUCAGGUCAUAUCUGCACGACCGAUCCUUGAUGGAAUAUGCUGAUAGGCUAGAAUCCUCCAAGAAGUCUCUAGCUGAGCUUCUAAGUACAAGCACUUUGGAGCUUUCGUCGCAGUUUGGCAUGAAGAGAGGCCAUGUUGCACGUUUCAUCGAUCGAGCCAGUGCUUGCAGGGUCUCCAUGCCACCCUCAUAUGUUCUUCCUGCCAGGGAAAGAAGCAUGUCUUCUAUCAGCAGUAGUCAAGGGGAUGAACCUUCUAAAACUACAGAGAAGUUGCAACAUGUCAAGACCCCCUUAAAGGUAAGCUCAUAUCAGGAAAGGUCUGUCGAGCAAUCGGCAGCAGGCUUGAAAAUCAGUGAAGGAUAUGUCUUUAAGGGUAUAGUUGCUGCGGAACCUGCUGAGCCAAGGCUAUGUGGUUGGAUCCAACCUCCUCCAAUAGUGGAACAAGUUGCUCCAUACUCCUCCAUAGAAAACAUCUCAGUUCAGAAGCUUACCCCUGAGUAUAAAGGUGGCAUGGCGCGUUUGGUGACUACAAAGGCUCCACCUAUGAAAGCUUCAGAGCUAUGGAAGCAGAAACCAACUAUUUUACUUUGUGUUCGACGCCCUGGGUGUGUUAUGUGCAGAGCUGAGGCUCAUCAGCUCUAUUCAAGAAAACCAAUAUUUGAUGCCAUGGGAUGUCAGCUGGUAGCUGUUCUACAUGAGCAAAUAGAAUCUGAGAUUAGCGAUUUUUGGCCUCGAUAUUGGGGUGGGGCUGUGAUUCUUGACCGAUCCAUGGAUUUCUUUAAAGCUCUUGGAGGAGGAAAGCUUCUUAAAAACAAGUUUAUAACAGGGUUUCUUUUCAACCCUCGUGCUAUUGCAAAUUACAAGCGUGCAAAGGCCACAGGAUUCCAAAAAAACUACAAAGGGGAAGGUGAAAUCAUGGGUGGACUGUUUAUCAUUGGCAGUGGUAAAACUGGCAUUGCCUACCAGUUCAUUGAAAGGAAUUUUGGGGAUUGGGCACCUACUGCUGAAGUCAUCGAUGUAUGCAGCCGGUUGCAGAGGGAGCUGCCAAGUCAAGGCGAGUCGCUAUAGAGAAACCCAUGUAGGGUAUGAACCGCUUGUCAAGAUUUGGGCAUUCAUUUGAGGAAUUGUUUGCCUUAUGUCACUAGAACUCUUUUACAGAGGUCUAUAGUUUCUUGAAGCUAGGAAAAAUAUAUUGAAUUCGCAUUCUUUUAUUAUAAGAUUGGGUUUGUACUAUGUGGAACAACUUCAGUUGUUAUAGAUAUAUGGAGUUUUCCUA